AUGCUCCAAAAGAUUCUGUCAAAGUUGUCGAAAGACGACUUUGAGACACUGUAUAACGAGUAUGGAACGCUACACACGAUGCUGCAGUUGUUGCCAAAAGAGUGUUAUCAGAUUUUCAAUUUGCUCUUUUGUGUUCGAAGGCCGCUUUCGAGGGAGCGUAUCGCUUCAAAUUUUCGCAAUGUAUCAAAAGAGGAAAUGGACGAGUUUUUUCGAAAGCUGCUUGCUGUCCAUAUCUGCGAGCCGUGUGCAAGUGAUCCCGACGCGAUCGAGCUGAAUCCCGUAUUUCUCAAAAACUAUGAAAAGAGUUUAAACAGCGGAAACCACUGCCAGUGGAAUUUCAAGAAAGAGUUCAAGCACGAAGUGAGCGAUGCGGUGUUCUACUGCGAGGACUGCUACCACAACAACAACUCCCUUCUCCUCGACCCGGUUUCCUACACCUUUCCUCCUCCGCGCAGCCCCCACGCGCAGCCGCCCUCCGUCUCCGAGGUGCGCGACUGUUUUCUUCGCUGCAAGCUUCUCCGCGCGGACUCCGCCGCCAAAUUCGCCAUCACCGCUACGGGCUACCAAUUCCUCAUGAAGUCCUACCGCGACCAGGCCUGGUGGUUGCUGCAUCCGCACAUCACCUCCGCCAACGCGCUGCCCGCGCUCUCCUUCCUCUUCAGUCUGCGCCACAUGAUUCCCUGCAGGGCCUACGACGUCGCAGCGCUCAGCGAACCGCAGCGGCAGCUCCUCGAGAUCGCGCGCAUCGCCGGCGUCGUCUACACGCCCACAACCGCGGGGAAGCGCGUUUUCUUCGCCACCCCGCUGGGAGCCGCGCUUUUCACGCAGGAGGGCGCGUCCCGCGGGGAAGGGGGCCGAAAGAGCGGGGGUGAAGGGUUCAUGAAGGCGGAGGGAUCGAUGCGUGUGGUGAUCGAAGCGAAUUUUCACGUGUACGCGUUCGGUUUGUUGGCGGAGAACCGGCUUCAUGUUCAAUUAUUGCGGCAGUUUUUGGAGCAGAGGGUAUUCUCGCGGGGAGAGUGA